AUGUCCAGCGCAGACGAGCCCGUAUACAUCCCUCCUCGCGACUUUGUAGGCUACGGUGUUGAGCCGCCCUCGACGCCAUGGCCCAAUGGAGCCAAAAUCGCCGUCACUUUUGUGCUAAACUAUGAAGAAGGAGCAGAGGCUACACCCUGGAACGGGGACGAGCACUCUUGCGACAACCUGCACGAGCUGCACUAUGAGCGUCCACCCACCACCAACGGCCAGCGGGAUAUCAUGGUGGAGGAGAUGUUCGAGUAUGGGAUCCGGCAAGGGCUGCCGCGGCUCAUGAAGCAAUUCAGAAAGUAUGGGUGGCAGUGGACGACCUGGGCGUGUGGGCGGGCUCUCGAGGUCACGCAGCCAUAUGCCAAGAUGAUGAUUGAGGAUGGGCACGAGAUUGCUUGCCACGGAAACCGCUGGCGGAUCCACGGCGAUAACGCAGACGAGGAGAGAGCGCACAUCAACGCGUCGUUCGACCGCCUGCAGGCCGCAACGGGGCUGAGCAAUGUGCCGACCGGCUGGUUCUUGGGAAAUGGCGGGCCGAGGCAGAAAUUGGUCCGGGCCCAGGUUCACAAAGCGCGAGGAGUUCCCCUGCUAUACUGCUCCGACACAUACGCCAGCGACACGCCAUUCUGGAUCCCGGACCCGCUCGCGGAGCUGUACGGCGAGAAGGACGAGGGGAUGCUCAUGAUCCCUUAUUCCCUCUGCACCAAUGACCAUCGAUUCUUUGUUGCCGGUGGCGCUGGUGUAUCCGCCCCGCAAGACUUCUUUGAGCUGCUCCAAGGAGAGUUUGACCAGCUGUACGAGGAGGGAGCGAAUGGCGCGCCAAAGAUGAUGACCAUCGCUAUCCACAAUCGCUUCAUCUGCAAGCCCGGACGCUUCAUGGCGCUCAAGCGGUUCAUGGCGUACAUUGCAGAAAAGCCGGAUGUGUGGGUGUGUACGAGGCAGGAGAUCGCCAAGUUCUGGAGGGAGAAUCACCCGUAUGACAAAGUCGGGCCCACGCACAAGCUGCACAAUCUGGACGAUAUUGAGUAG